CUUUAUUUGAACAUAAGAAGUGAACAACGGACACCGGGCAAGAGGCCCUUCACAAGAAGAACCGAGACUGAGUUCCUGGCUCUGUGGUACAGGUGAACAGGUAAUGAAAUCGUCCCUUUUAUCCUACUUGCCUGUAUAGUUUUGAUCCGUCAUGGAUAAUCUGUCGUCAGAAGAAAUUCAGCUAAGGGCUCACCAGGUUACUGAUGAGUCUUUGGAAAGUACAAGGAGAAUCCUGGGCUUAGCCAUAGAGUCUCAGGAUGCGGGAAUCAAGACUAUCACUAUGCUGGAUGAGCAAGGAGAACAACUAAAUCGCAUAGAAGAAGGCAUGGACCAAAUAAAUAAAGACAUGAGAGAGGCAGAGAAGACUUUAACAGAACUCAACAAGUGCUGUGGCCUUUGCGUCUGCCCUUGUAAUAGAUUGUCAGAUGGUGGUUGUUUCUUUGAAACCAGGACGAAGAACUUUGAGUCUGGAAAGAACUAUAAGGCAACAUGGGGAGAUGGUGGAGACAACUCACCUAGCAAUGUAGUAUCUAAGCAACCAGGACGGGUAACAAAUGGUCAGCCUCAGCAAGCCACAGGAACAGCCAGCGGUGGAUACAUUAAACGUAUAACUAACGAUGCCAGAGAAGAUGAGAUGGAAGAGAACCUGACUCAAGUGGGCAGUAUCCUAGGCAAUCUAAAGAACAUGGCUCUGGACAUGGGCAAUGAAAUUGAUGCUCAGAACCAGCAAAUACAGAGGAUCACAGAAAAGGCUGACACCAACAAAGAUCGGAUUGACAUUGCCAAUACAAGAGCAAAGAAACUCAUUGACAGCUAAAGCCACUGCUGUACUUCUUUACCAGUUUCUCCGUUCUCUGGCUCCUAAGUCAUUACCUGUUCAGAGUUUGAAAGUUGGUGAAAGAAGGACCAGAGGAGGAAUGCCUCCCUACUUCUUCCUUUCUGUCCUUUGGGGUAGGUUCCUGCUUAGGCUUCACUACAGCCCCUCCCCGUUCACACUCCUAAGCUGCUUUCCAUGCAUCACACCCAGUCCAUCAUCCUCCUCACUUAGCAUCUUUGCAUUCAAGAUUUGAAAGCAUUGCCAAAGAGCCAUGAAGUGUGGGUGUCUGUAUAAGUAGCUUUUGUUGUUGGUUGGUUGGUUUGGUUUUGGUUUUGUGGUAAAGAGCAAGAGGAAGGAAGAAUUGAAGUUGUUAACUCAUUAAAGAAACUACAGGUCAAGAAAACGAAACAGGCUAAUGCCUGGGGUAGGAGGUUUUACUCAUGCAUUUUUUUUUUUAAUUUCACUAUUUUGCAGCUUCUGCUCCAAAGGAGAACACAGUGGGUUUUCUUACAGUGAGCUUCACUGAGUUUGUAGUGAUUUGUGUAUAUACAUAGGUUCUGGACCCCGUUUCAUACUGCACACACAGGAAUUCUCCUAUCAGGAGUCAUAGCAUGGUCCCAUUGUAGACCUGUUAACCUCGUGAAGUUGUCAUUAAUCUUUUAAAGAUGUACAUAUAUAUGAAAUAUGAGACUUCCUCACUAAAGCAGGGCUUCAAAAUUUUGGGUAAAGUUUGACAGUGUAUCAUGUGAAUUCAGAUUUACCUCAAUACUAAGAAUUACGUUUAGAUAUGAAAAAAAAACUUGUUUUGAUCUCAGGUAGCAAAAUAGAUUACUUUGAAUUUUGUGUAGUUUUAGACAUUUAAAAAGUUAUAAUUUGAUACUAAAAGUUGUUUAGGAAAUUAGACCUUCAGAUUAAUCAUUGAUGACUGUACUGCCAUCCCCUCUGCUGUAUGUUCAGAGUCACGCCUAUGUAGAUCCUGCAAUGCUGGGAACGUUGAGUUGCUAUUGUCACCUUUGUUUAAGAAUUAGCAUCUGUACACUUUAGAGCUACCAAAGUAGAUUGGCUUGACCAAUAACCAUUACUUGAUUCUUACAAUUAAAUUUUGUAACUAUUGGUAUUGUUCUUUCAAAUAGGCAACAUGUUUCUGACUUAUUUGUGGGGGCGAUUAUUUAAUCAGUUAACAAAUUGAAUAAAGCAAAUGUCCAUACAUCAAGCAGUCCAACUGAACGCUGCAAUUAGCUCUUUUCCAGUUUUUAUUAGGAAUGUUUAUAGGAGUUUCUGUGGCUGGUCACGAGUCCGUUUUAGUCAUUAAUUGACUUAAAUUUGAACUUAAAUCCACUGAGUAUUUCUAACUAGAAGUUAGUUACAAGUAUUUACUAAAGAUGACACAGCUCAGAAACAUCCCAAGGGUGAGGAGGACAGUAUUGAAGUUAAACAACAGAGAAAUGCUCCAUAACAGGAUGGAUAGUUUGUCAGGUGAAGGGAUUGAAUGUAUAAAGUAUAAUUAAGUUUAAAACACUAGAUAGUGCUAUACCUAAAAGUGCUUUUCUUUUUUUUUUCUUUUUUUUUUUUUUUGUUGUUGUUGUUGUUGUUGUUUGUUUUUUGAGACAGGGUUUCUCUGUGGUUUUGGAGCCUGUCCUGGAACCAGCUCUUGUAGACCAGGCUGGUCUCGAACUCACAGAGAUCCGCCUGUCUCUGCCUCCCGAGUGCUGGGAUUAAAGGCGUGCGCCACCACCGCCCGGCUAAAAGUGCUUUUCUUAAAAGCAUUUAAAAACUUAAUACAUUGAUCUGGCUAAAGAAACGGUACUGCUAGGUGGUAUCCAAGGUUUAGUUGGUUGGAACAUGUAUUAAAGCACCCAGUUGUCAAGUUUCUCCUUUGCUCUCGUUGGCAGGUAUGAAUGUAUGCCUAUUUCCGUGCCUUGGUUUCCUUACUUAUAAAUGGGAAUUAAUUAAUCCUACUCCAUAAACUAAUUUACAGAAUGGUAAUGCCUAGAAAUCUCUUAGAGUAAGCAGGGCUCAGAGGCUAUACUGGUAAUCCCAUCACUGGGGAACCUGAGGCAGAGCUAACCUACGCAGUGAAUUGUGGGCCAGCCUAAGUUACAUUUAGAUAAAAACACCCUCCCCCCACCAAGACAAACAAAAACCCUUAGAAUGGUGCCUGUCUGGUGUAAAUAUAAUAAAUAAUAGCUAUUUUCUCUAGAAUGGAGGGAGUUCUUCUUGGUUAAAGAUCCGUGAAUUUGAUGAAAGAGAAUAAAAGCAAAGAAACUAUUGUCCCAUUAUUUUUGAGAGUUAAUAGCAAGUAGUUAACAUGAGCUGGAUCAUCUGUCAUCUGGCUUCACUUUUUCAUUUUCUAGUAUUGUGAUGUUGAACACAGUACCUGUGACUAAAGUUAAGAAAUAGUGUCUCGCCGGGCAGUCCGGUGGCACACACCUUUAAUACCAGCACUCAGAAGGCAGAUGCAGGCAGAUCUCUGUAAAUUUGAGGCCAACCUGGUCUACAGAGCUAGUUUCAGGACAGCUAGGGAUGUUACACAGAGAAACCCUGUCUCCAAAAACAAACAAACAAAGAACUAGUAUCCUGAACUAAACCUUUUCUCCUUUUUCUUUUUGGUUUCUUGAGGCAGGGUUUCUCUGUGCAGCCCUGGCUGUCCUGGAAGUCAAUCUCUAGAUCAGACUGGCCUCAAACACAGUAUUUGCUUCCCUUUUCCUCCCCGAUGCUAGAAUUAAAGGCAUGUGCCACCACCGCCAGGCAUAAACUUUUUAUUCUUUUAAAUUGAUUCUCACCGUGUAACCUUGGCUUGCCUCAACAGUAAAGCUCAAAUUUCAUCUUAUUUGAGUCUUAACUUGAGCUAUUCCCAUUUUGUUUUUUCUUCCAUUUUAAUUUAUCCUUUAUUCUCACUUGAUCUUUCCUUAUUACAUAUGGGUUAUGACUCUCCCAUUAACUAAAACAUCUAAAUUCUAAACAUCCUAAAUGAACAUUUAAAAUUAACUUUUUAGGACUGAAGUUGUAGAAUUACUCAGUUCGUAGGGUGUUUGCCUAGUAUUCAAGAAUACCUAGGUUCAAUCUUGUAUCACCACGUAAGCCAAGUGUGGUGGCAUGCCCCUCUAAUCUUAGUUCUAGGUCAGAGAUUACAGGAGGAUCAGGAGUUCAAGGUCAUCCUCAACUGUGCAGUGAGUUAUAGGACAAUCUGGGAUAUGUGAAAGCCUACUCAAAAAAGGGGGCGGCAGUGAGAUGGCUCGCAGGUAAAGUCACCUGCUUCCAAGCCUGACAAGCCAGGUGUGAUCUCCAGGACCGACAUGGUGGAAGAAGAAAGCCAGCUCACAAAAGUUACCCUCCAGCUUCCACAUGUGGUGCCAUGGUGUAUGCAAGCUUAUAUACACAUACACAUAAAAUAAAGUGAAAUAAAAAUUACAAACACGUUAUUUGAAUGCUGGUUUCCUGGGUGAUCUCAUUUCCUAGUUAUCCCGAUUAGGUCCCUAGUUUGAUUUGUAUUUCUCAUACUGAUAUUAAGGUCACUUAUCCUGAAGUCUUGGUUUUCUGCCUCUUAAUGUAGUCCUAGCUCUCAGCCUUCUAUUUCUGUAUAAUUUACUCAAUUGUACUUUUACGCUUUAUAGAAUAAGAUAAAUGGCUUAUUUCAUUGA